UUAGGUAUAUAAGCAACACUGUUGUCAGCAAACACCAGUUCACUUCUAUGCGCCCCAACAUGCUCAUUCCACUCUGUCUUUGGUUGAUCCUUCAGGUAGUCCAAGGAGAAAAAUGCCUUCCUUCUGAUGAUUACCCCGUGUGUGCGGCUUGCGAAAACAACAUGCAAACUUUUGCAAACCUUCAUGAAAUGAAUGACGCACAUUGUGAUUUUCAGCAUUAUGGACAUUGUACCGUAAACCAUUAUGCAUGCACCCUACAAUAUGACCCAAAAUGUGGAUGGAAUGGACUUAAGUUUAAAACCUUUUCGAACUUAUGCAUGCUAACUCAAUUCAACCGAGCUUACUACGAUCAUUAUGUUGUUGUUUCCAACUGCGCCUGUAGGGACGACGCCAACAACCCAGAGUUUUAGUUAUUAUAAAAAAUGUAAUUGUUGAAGAAAUAAAUGUAUUGCAGAUGA